UUAAAGCUAAUUCUGUCUGCUGAUCCCCUGAAAGAUGACCUGCAGAACUGCCAGGAUAGGCAUGAAGAGGACAACCCAAAGAGUUCCCCAUUUGACUUUGUUAUCAAGAAGUUCCAAGGAAAGAAGARUGCUCCUGAAAAAAAGAGAGAGCAGCCUUCAGCCACCAAGCAAUUCUUCAAGGGCUCUGACUGUGGGAAAUCUGAAGGCAAGGACAGAAGGGAAAUUGAAGAAACAGAAAUGAGCAAGUCUGGAGCUGAUGAUCAGAGUGAAAAGCAGGAUCUCUCUGUAGAAGAUGGACUUUCACAUCUCACUUCUGAAGUGGACUCACCAUCUGGUGAGCAGAGACUUAACCAGUUCAUGGAGAAACUGGGCAAGGAACCCAACAGCAAGAAUCUGGAUCUAAAUAAUUGUGCACUAAGUGCAGCAGAUGUAACAGAACUGGCUUCUCUACUGCCAUUUCUCCCAGAGCUGGAAGAGCUCAGCCUGUCCUGGAAUGGUUGUGUUGGUGGGACUUUGAAAGCUCUCACUGUCCAUCUUCAUCACGUGAACCUGUUAAAAGUCCUUCGACUUAACAACUGCAGGCUGACAGCUGAGGAUGUCAUCUCCUUAGGUACAGGAUUUCAUUURCAUUUACUUCCAGACAGCUUGUGGCUAAUGUAAUCCAUCUCAUCUCUUCCCACAUCCUACUCCUGCUGCUUCUGCACUGGGCAAGGAGAGGCAUUUGAAAUUKUUUCUCAACUUGAAGAACUGGAUUUAUCAUGGAAUAGUAACAUAGGUGGAAGACUAUCCCURCUGACAAAAAAACUCCAGAAAGGAUGCAAAUUAAAAUGUCUGAAAAUUACAGACUGUAACCUGACUGCAAAGGAUGGAGAAUCCCUUGCUGAAAUUCUAAAUGUGAUCCCAAACCUCGAAGUAUUAGAUCUCUCUAUCAACAAAAACAUUGGCUGCAGCAUGAAGGUUAUUGCUCAAGAUCUSAAAAAUGUGCCAGGUUUGAAGGAGUUAAACUUGCACAUGUGUGGAUUAAAGGAAGACAGCCUCCAGAGCUUAGACACUGCUUUACAGCACCUUCCAGAGCUAAGGAAAUUAGACAUCUCGUGCAACAGAGAGAUUGGUGGUGGCUUUAAAGACUCAACAGCUCAUUUGGCCAGCUUGAAAGAUCUGGAAGUCCUUGAUCUUCACCAGUGUUGUGUCACAGAAGAGGACAUGACCGUUCUGUCCCAGGUGAUACCUUUACUCUCCAGUCUUCAAGAGCUGAAUUUAUCCUCGAAUAAAAAUGUAGGAGUCUCAUCUGAUCCCCUUCUGGGCAGGCUCAGGUUUUUACCAAGGUUGAGAUCUGUGACCAUCAGCAAUUGYGGCUUAGGUGAAGAGUCCCUUUCAGCACUAGCUGAGGCUGCCCUUCACCUUCCUGAACUGGAGAUAUUAGACCUUUCUUGGAAUAAGUGCGUUGGUGGGAACCUAAAGCUGCUUUUGGGAGCACUAAAGCUUGCAACGGAGAUUCAAGUGUUAAGACUGAGCAGCUGUAACUUGGUGGCUGAAGAUUUGGCACUUCUAACAUCCCUGAGGCAGGAUGGCCAUUUAGCCAGAUUGCAGAAGCUGGAUUUGAGUUAUAAUAACAACAUCUCUGAUGAAGGCUGGGCUGUUUUCUGCCAAGGUUUGGGAGCAUUCAAGGAACUCUCAGAGCUGGAUGUGAGCUUGCGGCCAUCGUCCCACCGGGACUGCGGGCCAUGGUUCAGGGAGCUGGUGGCAGCACUGGUACAGCUGCCAGCCUUGGCAGAGCUGGGCUCACAGAGAUGGGUCCUUUCAGAGUCCCAGAGGAAGCAAAUGGAAAGCUUUAAUCAAGACAACAAAAGAAACAUUCGUUUUGACUGUUGAUGAAGGUUGGAGGUGUCUGGAAGGCCUUUUGGGAGCAGCACGUGAACCAAGCAUUACGUGUCUCUGACUCAGAGGACUGCAGUUUUUAAUAAUCUCAUGAAAUAAGUUCACUGUUGAAGAAAACUGUUAUUUAACCUCUGCACCAUAGAUCAUUCCAUUUAAUAACAUAUUCUUUCAGAUCCUCUGGGCAAUGCUUACACUGCUCAAUCUUAAUAUUAUGAAUAUUGAAAUGGCCACGGCCCAAAGAGUAGUGCUGAGUUCAGAGGGACACACUGCAGAUUUGGCAGUGAAGGGAAGGGCUGAGGAGUGUGUUAGUGCAGAUGGGUGGCCAAUGUGAAUGUGGCCUCAGAAAAUGCCUCUAAUGUGAAAAUACUUGAAAUCGCCAUAUUUUAAAUUUUAGUUGAUUUUCC